AUGCGUCCUCUCGCUUCUGGUGCCGGUCCAGCUCUGCGCAGCUGGACAAAACACUCUCUUCCUCUCCCUUUCUCUCGCAUUGCUCCCGCCGUUGUCACCGUGCCACAUAGACGACCAGUGUCAGAAUACAGUCCGACCUCGAGCUUCAACAGUCCGUUCAAGGGCGAGGAGUACUCACCGACGACGAAGAUACCGAGCUUUGGGAAAUAUAUGAGCAAGAAUUCCGAGACGUCGAACCGAGUGUUUCAGUACUUUAUGGUUGGAUCGAUGGGAUUGUUGGCUGCGGCAGGGGCAAAGGCAACAGUACAAGGUGAGCGCUGCGCUUUACCAGAAGCGCUCGGAGAGGCUUCUCUACAACGGAAGCCUGAUUUCCUGGUCAGCAUGUCAGCAUCAGCGGACGUGCUCGCCCAAGCCAAAGUCGAGGUCGACCUCGCCGCAAUCCCCGAAGGCAAGAAUGUGAUCAUCAAAUGGCGCGGCAAGCCCGUCUUCAUCCGCCACCGCACCGAGUCUGAGAUCAAAGACGCCCGCUCCGUAAACGUCCAAAGCCUCCGUGACCCGCAGGCCGACGACGAGCGUGUCAAGAAACCCGAGUGGCUCAUCAUGCUGGGCGUCUGCACUCACCUGGGUUGCGUGCCGAUUGGCGAGGCGGGCGAUUACGGGGGUUGGUUUUGUCCUUGCCAUGGGAGUCAUUACGAUGUCAGUGGGAGGGUGAGGAGGGGACCGGCGCCGUUGAAUUUGGAGGUGCCCGGUUAUGAAUUCCCGACCGAGGAGAGUGUAGUUAUUGGGUAA